GAUAACACAAAUUUAUGGCAUAUUGAGUUUUGUGUUCUGAUUUUCUCUGAUUUUCAUCGCAAAGCAGCUCCAUUGAGGCCUCGAAUUCGCAUCGAACGCGUACCGAAUGUGCUUUUGCAAGUGCUCAACGUGGAGAACAGUGCAUAAAACCGGAAAUACCUCCGUAAAUUAACUUUGGCAAACUUUGGACUACACAGACACACUAGAGAGGAUUAAAUUAGGCGAUUUACGUGAUUUAUUGGUAAAAAAAGCUCCAAUCCAGCAUUUUCAGGACUUUUCCCGAAGCACAACAGAAAAAACCAGACACAAUAUGUCACUGAGUCAGUCGACAGUGCUAAAGUUGUAUCACACCGUGAUUGACGAUGUAAUUGCGGGCGUUCGUGAUCCCUUCAUGGAUGAGGGCGUCGACGAGCAAGUGCUGCAAGAACUCAAACAGGUAUGGACAAACAAGUUGAUGGCAAGCAAAGCGGUUGAAAUGGCGCCCGAUCCAUCAGAACAACCCGUGCCGCCGCCAUCGUUGGCAAAUAAUCCAAAGAGCAGCAGCAAAUCCGGCUCCAAGAGUAAAUCGCGUGCUGCGCAACAAGCCGCCGCCAGCAACAACGACAACAAAACAAUGAUGACGGGCAAUACGACAGCUUCGUCGACAUCACUUCCCGCCCCGCCUGCUGCCGUUAUCGGACUCGAUCCGAAUAAACUUGUGCCGAUACAAAUUACGCUGCCCGCCAUGCCGGGCGUCAUUGGAUCCGAAGCACGUGUCCUGACAAUUACUGUGCCUGCGUCGGCGCUGCAGGAGAAUCAGUUGCAUCAAGUGAUCACGGGACCGAUAAUUACAUCAAUUAUGCCAUUACCACCGCAAAUUGCCUCAAGUGUGUUGCAGCAACAUGUCAACUCACAACUACAGAACGUUAAUAUGAAUCGCAUUUCAGUACAAAAACAAAUGGAUGGUGCAGCAGACACCUCCGAUGAAGAAGACGUCAGUGACAUUAGUGACGAUCAUCUCGACAAUGACGAUGACAACUUGGAAAAAAGUGACGACGAGAAUAUGGAUGGGGCGGAAGAGGAGCCGCUAAAUAGCGAAGAUGACGUCACAGACGAAGAAUCGUCGGAAUUAUUUGAAACGGACAACGUUGUGGUGUGUCAAUAUGAUAAAAUAACCAGAUCUCGUAACAAAUGGAAAUUUUACUUAAAAGACGGCAUCAUGAACGUAAACGGGAAGGAUUAUGUCUUUCAAAAGUCCAAUGGCGACGCUGAAUGGUAAAAAAAACAAAAAUUUUGCUCAGAACCAACAAAGAAAAAUGUGUCUCUUCGUAUUCGUGGCUUCAAACUUGUUUGUCUUUUGUACAGAUGAACCAAGAAUUACGUUUCAGUUUUUUUUUCUGUUUCAAUAUUUUUCGCAAACUAACAAAUAAAAAAAGUAUCUAGUAUUCCUUCUCCACUAUUAUUAUAUAUUUGAGUCAGUUUAUCCAUAGAAUCGUUUAAAUGUAAGUCAAAAAUAAAAAAAAAUUAGCAAA